GCGGUAUGUUCAGAGAAGAUACUUUGCAUUAUCUCAUUGUUUUGGAUUUUGUUGAGGGUUGCUCUGUGGCCUAAGAGGUGAUCUCUGCUGGAGAAUUUUCCAUGUGUGUUGGAAAAGCGUGUGUACUUUUCAGCUGUUUGGUGGAGUGUUCUGUAUAUGUCUGUGAGGUCACGUUGGCUGAUUGUGGCCUUUAGACCUUCUGUAUUUUUUGUUGAGUUUUUUUCUAGAUGUUCCGUCCUUUACUGAGAGUGGUGUGUUAAAGUCUCCUACAGUUAUUGUGGAACUGUCAAUGUCUCUUUUCAGUGCUUUUAGAGUUUGUUUUAUGUAUUUUGGAGCCCCGUCAUUGGGUGCAUAGAUACUUAUUAUGGUUAUGUCUUUAGAAUGGAGCAUCCCUUUAGUCAUUAUAUGGUGCCCUUCUUUGUGUUUUAUGGUAGAUUUUGUUUUAAAGUCUAUUUUAUCUGGGAUUAGUAUUGCCACACCUGCUGUUUUUUGGUAGCUGUUUGCUUGAUAUAUUUUUUUCCAUCCUUUGAUUUUUAAUAAACGUAUGUCGUUUCUAAGGUGUGUCUCUUAUAGACAGCAUAUUGAUGGAUCUGUUUCUUAAUCCCUUCUGUCACUGUGUCUCUUUAUGGGUGUAUUUAGGCCAUUUACGUUCAGUUUAAUUAGUGAUAGGUGUGAGUUUAUUGCUGUCAUUUUGUAGUGCUUUUUUUUGUGUGUGGUGCUGAUGUUUCUUUUGUUCUCUUAUUCUCCUGUGCUGAAUUCCUUUUGUUUGUGGAUUUUUUUUUUUUCAUUUCUUUUGAUUUUGUUUUUAUUGAGACUUUAUGUUUUUCUUUAUUUUGAUGAGUAGGCUUGUUAACUUUCUUUGUGGUUACCUUGAAAUUUACCCUUAUCUUCCUAGGUUUGAACCAAUCUGUUAUUAUUUGGUAUCGCCUUGUCUUCCUCUCCAUUAGAAAAUUCUAUACCUACACCAUUUAUUCCCUCAUUUAUUGUUCUGACGUUGACAUUUACAGCUCUGCUUCCCUGUUGUAAAUCUUUUUGUUUUAAAUAGUCCUGGAGAGUUUAUAUCCAAGGUUGGUAUCUAGCUGGUGCGAUUUUGUGUCCUAGAUUCCAGUUGUGGUUUGAUGAUGUUUUUCUCAAACCAAAGGACUCUCCUUAAUAGUUCUUGUGAAUUUGGGUUGUUUUUUACAUAUUCCCUUAAUUUCUGUUCCUCUGGAAAUGUCCUAAUUUCACCAUCAUAUUUGAACAAGAGUUUUGUAGGGUCUGUUAUUCUUGGUUGGCAGUUUUUUUCUUUCCAGGUUUUAUAUAUGUCAUCCUUCUUGUCUGCUUGGUUUCUGCUGAGUAAUCAGAGCCUAGUCUUAUUGUUUCCCCUCUGUAUGUGACUUUUCGUUUUUCUUGAGCUGCUCUCAGGAUUCUUUCUUCGUCUUUGGUUUUAGUGAGUGUGAUUAUGAUGUGCCUUGGUGAUUUUCUUUUGGGGUCUGUCCUAUACGGGGGGUUUGUUGAACUUCUUGGAUGGUCAGGUUUUCAUCUUUCAGGAUAUUAGGGAAGUCUUCUGUCAGCAGAUCUUCAAGGAUCCUCUAUGUGUUUUCCAUUUUCAUUCCCUGUUCUGGAACUCCGAUCACUCACAACUUUUUGUUUUUGAUUGUAUGCCACAUAAUUCUCAGGGUUUCUUCAUUUUUCUUCAUUCUUUUUUCUGAGUUUUCCUCAAACAAAGUGGUGUCCAAGUAUUUGUCUUCGGUUUUGCUGAUCUUGUCUUCCAUUGUUUUAAACCUGCUCGUCAGACCUUCUAUGAUACUGUCCAUUUCUGAAAUCUUGUUGUUUAUCUUUUGGAUUUCUGAUUGUUUUUGUAUGAUUUCUAGUUGUGAAUUUAUUUUGACGUUUCUGUAUUCAUGAAUUGUUCCAUUUUGUCUGUAUUUUCUAUGAAUUUGUCUAGUUUUUCCUCAUUUUUAUCUGCUUUUUGCUUCAACUCUUAGAUUGCUCUGAAUAUGAGAGAUUUCAAUUCCACAUCAGGUAGUUGUAGUCCCUUUUCUUCUACUGGAAAGUCAUCUGGUGUUUUAUUUUGGGUGCCUACUGGAACCAUCCUGUCCUGUUUUUUUUUAUGUGUUUUGAUAUUGUCUGCUGUCUUUGAGACAUUCAGUGUUUAUAUUCUUCAUAUACUGAUUGUAGAUUUGUUUGUCCCAUUCUACUUUUUUAUUUGGUUAUGUGUAAACAGGCAGGCUGUGUGUUCUUUGUUGUUUGCGGGCAUGAUACUUUUUACCUCAGUGUACAGUGGACAGGGCCAGUCACUCAGCUGUGGUACAGGAGGGUAGUUCCAGCUGAAGGGAAGGGGCUGUGAUGGGUUGUUUGUGGUACAUACUCUGGCCGACAGGGCUGGCUGGAGGUCAGUGCAGGGCAGGUUCUGGUAGACUGUGCGACUGCUGCUCAGGGGUGUGAUGUUCAGUGCAUGGUGCAGGUAAGCAGGAGGGAGGGGGAAGGUUGUGAUGUGUGGAGCUAAGUUUGAUAUGGGAAAGAAGAGAGAGAGGAGAGAGAAACAGGAGACAAAAACAAAAGGAAGACAAAAAAGUGCUGAGGGAUCUUGCUGUUGGAGUGGAGAGACAAGAAACUGAGCCGUAAAGACAGAGAAAGGAAUAAGAAGAGAAAAUAGACAAAAAUUGAAAAAAAAAGAAAAGCCCCCAGGGAUCCCACCUGCGUGGCUGUGCAGACCGUGGAAGUGGCUCUCAAGCUGCGAAGUACAGCUCAGUUAGAAGGGGCAGAGAUGGCACACAGUGCCAGUUAUUCAAGAGAUAGGAAAAGAAGGUGUAAGGAGUGAGAAAUGAGAAACUGAGAAAUGAAGAAAGACAAAAAGGUAAAAGGAAAAAUAAAAAACAAAACAAUGACCCCAGGUUCUCACCAGCACAGCUGUGCAGACAGGGGAAGUGGUUCCCAAUCUGCACAGUAUGCUCAGCUAGAGGGGGCCCCCAAGCUGUGAAAAGAAAAAACAAACAAACAAAACAGCCCUGGGGAUUCCACCAGCAUGGCCACGUGGACUGGUGAAAUAGUUCCCCAGCUGAGCGGCGCUUCACAGCCUGUCAAGAAGAAACAGAAGGCACACAGAGCCAGGUGUUCAAGAGAAAGGACAGGGAGGUGGUGAGAGGCAGGGAAGAAGCCAAAAAAAAAAAGCAAACCAGCAACAAAGAAAUGGCAUUGAAGGUGCCGGCCAAUGUGGGCAAGGUGGCUAAACCCCUUGUUUAAAAUUGGUCAAAAACGGAGAUUAGAAGAAGAUGAUAUGUACUCAGUGCUUCCUGAAGACCGCUCAAAGCACCUGGGAGAAGAGCUGCAAGGGUACUGGGAUAAAGAAGUUUUAAGAGCCGAGAAAGACGCACAGAAGCCUUCUUUAACAAAAGCAAUCAUAAAGUGUUACUGGAAAUCUUACUUGGUUUUGGGAAUUUUUACGUUAAUUGAGGAAGGCACUAAAGUAAUUCAGCCUAUAUUUUUGGGAAAAGUUAUUAAUUAUUUUGAAAAUUAUGAUCCCACGGAUUUAGCAGCUUUGCACACGGCCUACAUCCAUGCCACGGUGCUGACUGUCUGCAUGCUCAUUUUGGCCAUCCUGCACCACUUGUACUUCUACCACGUCCAGUGUGCUGGGAUGAGGUUGCGAGUUGCUAUGUGCCAUAUGAUUUAUCAGAAGGCACUCCACCUCAGUAACAGGGCCAUGGGGAAGACCACCACAGGCCAGAUAGUCAAUCUGCUGUCCAAUGAUGUGAACAAGUUUGAUCAGGUAACGAUCUUUUUACACUUUCUAUGGGCAGGACCACUGCAAGCAAUCGCGGUGACUGUCCUUCUCUGGAUGGAGAUAGGAAUAUCAUGUCUCGCUGGAAUGGCAGUUCUGAUUAUCCUUCUGCCUUUGCAGAGCUGCAUCGGGAAGUUGUUCUCGUCACUGCGAAGCAAGACUGCGACUUUCACGGAUGUCAGGAUCAGGACCAUGAAUGAAGUUAUAACCGGCAUAAGAAUAAUAAAAAUGUAUGCUUGGGAAAAGUCAUUUGCAGACCUCAUUACCAAUUUGAGAAGGAAGGAAAUCUCCAAGGUUCUUAGAAGUUCCUACCUUAGAGGAAUGAAUUUGGCAUCGUUUUUUGUUGCGGGCAAAAUCAUCGUGUUUGUGACUUUCACCACCUAUGUGCUCCUUGGCAACGUGAUCACAGCCAGCCGUGUGUUUGCUGCCAUGACGCUCUACGGGGCGGUGCGGUUGACUGUCACCCUCUUCUUCCCCGCGGCCAUCGAGAGGGUGUCGGAGGCAAUCGUCAGCAUCCGAAGGAUCAAGAACUUUCUGUUGCUUGACGAGCUAUCACAGCGCAACACUCGGCUGCCGUCAGAUGGUAAAACGAUAGUGCAUGUCCAGGAUUUUACUGCUUUUUGGGAUAAGGCAUCCGAAACCCCAACCUUGCAAGGCCUUUCCUUCACUGUCAGACCCCGUGAAUUGCUGGCCGUGGUUGGACCCGUAGGAGCAGGAAAGUCAUCGCUCUUAAGUGCCGUGCUGGGGGAACUGCCCCCAAGUCAGGGGCUGGUCAAUGUGCAAGGAAGAAUUGCCUAUGUUUCCCAGCAACCCUGGGUGUUUUCAGGCACUGUGAGGAGUAAUAUUCUAUUUGGGAAGAAAUAUGAAAAGGAACGCUACGAAAAAGUUAUAAAGGCGUGUGCCUUGAAAAAGGAUUUACAGCUUUUGGAGGACGGUGAUCUAACCGUGAUAGGAGAUCGGGGAGCCACGCUGAGCGGAGGGCAGAAAGCACGGAUCAACCUGGCAAGAGCAGUGUAUCAAGACGCAGACAUCUACCUCCUGGACGACCCUCUCAGUGCGGUCGAUGCAGAAGUCAGCAGGCACUUGUUCGAACUGUGUAUUUGUCAAACCUUGCAUGAGAAGAUCACUAUCUUAGUGACUCAUCAGUUGCAAUACCUAAAAGCUGCAAGUCAGAUUCUGAUACUGAAAGAUGGCAAAAUGGUGCAAAAGGGGACUUAUACUGAGUUUCUGAAAUCUGGGUUGGAUUUUGGUUCCCUCUUAAAGAAGGAAAAUGACGAAACGGAGCAGUCUCCAGUUCCAGGAACUCCCACGCUGAGGAAUCGAACCUUUUCGGAGUCUUCGGUUUGGUCUCAGCAGUCUUCUAGACCCUCCUUGAAAGAUGGUGCUCAAGAGGGCCAAACUACUGAGGACGUACAGGCUCCGCUACCCGAGGAGAGCCGCUCUGAAGGAAAAGUUGGUCUUAAGGCCUAUAAGAAUUACUUCGCAGCUGGUGCUCACUGGCUCGUUAUCAUUUUCCUUAUUCUACUAAAUGCUGCAGCUCUGGUUUCCUAUGUUCUUCAGGACUGGUGGCUUUCAUAUUGGGCAAAUGAACAGAGUGCACUGAAUAUCACAGUAAAUGGAAAAGGAAACAUAACGGAGAAGCUGGAUCUUAACUGGUUCUUAGGAAUUUACUCAGGUUUGACUGCAGCUACCGUCCUCUUUGGCAUAGCACAAUCUCUGUUGGCAUUCUACGUCCUUGUUAAUUCCUCUCAGACUCUGCACAACAAAAUGUUUGAGUCAAUUUUGAAAGCUCCAGUGUUGUUCUUUGAUAGAAAUCCAGUAGGGAGAAUUUUAAACCGUUUCUCCAAAGACAUUGGACAUAUGGAUGACUUGCUGCCCCUGACAUUUCUAGAUUUCAUCCAGACGUUCCUACAAGUGGUUGGUGUGGUAGCUGUGGCCAUAGCAGUGAUUCCUUGGGUUGCAAUACCCUUGAUUCCUCUUGCCAUCAUUUUCUUCGUCCUUCGGCGAUACUUCUUAAAAACAUCGAGAGAUGUCAAACGCCUAGAAUCUACAACACGAAGUCCAGUGUUUUCCCACCUAUCAUCUUCUCUUCAGGGACUGUGGACCAUCCGGGCAUACAGAGCUGAAGAGCGAUUUCAGGAACUCUUUGAUGCUCACCAGGAUCUGCAUUCAGAGGCUUGGUUCUUGUUUUUGACGACAUCCCGAUGGUUCGCUGUGCGUCUGGACGCCAUCUGUGCCAUCUUUGUCAUCAUCGUUGCCUUUGGGUCCCUGAUUCUGGCAAAAAGUUUGGAUGCUGGGCAGGUUGGCCUGUCAUUGUCCUACGCUCUCACGCUCAUGGGGAUGUUCCAGUGGUGUGUUAGACAAAGCGCCGAAGUUGAGAAUAUGAUGAUUUCAGUAGAAAGGGUGAUCGAAUAUACAAACUUAGAAAAAGAAGCACCUUGGGAAUACCAGAAACGCCCGCCACCGACAUGGCCCCACGAAGGCGUGAUUGUCUUUGAUAACGUUAACUUCACAUACAGUUUGGAUGGGCCCCUCGUGUUGAAGCACCUGACAGCACUCAUAAAAUCAAGAGAAAAGGUUGGAAUUGUGGGAAGAACGGGAGCUGGGAAAAGUUCCCUCAUUUCGGCCCUUUUUAGAUUGUCAGAACCCGAAGGUAGAAUUUGGAUUGAUAAGAUCUUGACAACUGAAAUUGGACUUCAUGAUUUAAGGAAGAAAAUGUCAAUCAUACCUCAGGAUCCUGUGUUAUUCACUGGAACAAUGAGAAGAAACCUGGAUCCCUUUAAUGAAUACACGGAUGAGGAACUGUGGAAUGCCUUAAAAGAGGUACAACUUAAAGAAGCCAUAGAAGAUCUUCCUGAUAAAAUGAACACUGAAUUAGCAGAAUCAGGGUCGAAUUUUAGCGUUGGACAGAGACAGCUGGUGUGCCUUGCCAGGGCUAUUCUCAGGAAAAACCGGAUAUUGAUUAUUGAUGAAGCUACAGCAAACGUGGAUCCAAGAACUGAUGAGUUAAUACAAAAGAAGAUCCGUGAGAAAUUUGCCCAGUGCACCGUGCUCACCAUUGCUCACAGGUUGAACACCAUUAUUGACAGUGACAGGAUAAUGGUUUUGGAUUCAGGAAGACUGAAAGAAUAUGAUGAACCCUAUGUUUUGCUGCAAAAUAGAGAGAGCCUAUUUUACAAGAUGGUGCAACAACUGGGCAAGGCAGAAGCCGCUGCCCUCACCGAAACAGCAAAACAGGUGUACUUCAAAAGGAAUUAUCCAGAUAUUACUCACAAUGGCCAUGUGGCAAUGAACACUUCCAAUGGACAGCCCUCAGCCUUAACUAUUUUUGAGACAGCACUGUGAUUCUACCAAGAUGUCAAGUCUAUUCCAAUGGCAUUUUCCAGUAGUUUUUGCACUGUAUAAACUAUAUUGUAUUUUUUUUUUUAACUCUUACAACAAAUAUUUACACAUGCAAGGUGUUAGUGGGUGUUAGUUUAUUUGGGUUUUCUCCCAACUUCACCAAUAGUUUCAAGUUCUCACAAAGUGAUUUAAUAUUUUUAUUUAAAUGUUGUAUUUUAUUUCUUUUUUUCUUAUAUACAAGUCAGAGGUGCAGGCCACCAAUAAAAGAAGCUGCCUACCAGGUUUUAUGCCUUAAGAGACUCCAGAGCCAAAGCUCAUGUUAUAGGGUAUAAGUAAAAGCGGUCACAGAUUUUUCUUUUCACUUCCUCAAAAUAACAUAGUACUUUCCAGCAAUAUCAGGGAUUCUGUUUACUUGAAGACUGUGUCAAGUCACCAUUUUGUCUCACCACUUUCAUUAACAUAACUAGGAUUCAUUACUUCCCCUAAGGACUGCUUAUUAAAAUAGGACAGACAAAACUGAUGGAACAAAAAAUAUACUUAAAUUUAGGUGAGAUCGUAGUACGGCGAGUCUACUCCCUCCCGUAAAAAAAGGCAUGGUCAAAAUACGGAAGGACAAUAUUUAUUUUAUGUCAUGUUCUGACAGAGAAGCAAGAGAAAAUAAGUUUCUCAAAAUAGGAGCCCUUAUAGAUGAUUUGAUCAUGAAAGACACAGGCAUGACCACCAAUGGGCUUUUAGAUUUGUGUGACUCUGACACAGGACCACGUUGCAGUUUUAUACUCAGCAUGAAGAGGUUUUUGAAAAAAGGCCCAAUAUAGUAAAGCCUCUAACUAUAAUUCCUGGAAAAUGUGAUGGUAUUCUUAUUUGGAUUUCUGGUUUACUGAGGGUUCACCCUCUGUUGUCUCUCAUCCUUUUGGUUUAACUGUUAUUGAAAUCCUUUCCAGAUUUCACGCAAAGACUCUCCUGACUUGGUGAGAUAAACUGGAACUCAUUGUAAACACUGAGCGUAAUUCCGAAGUACAUUCUCAAAGGAGUCACCUUCAUGAGCCUCCCCAUGUUCGUUUAUUUCCGAUCACUAAUCGCAGUUUCUUUAGGUCCUUCUUAUUAGUGACUCGACAAACCACAAUAAUUCCUAGGGCCUACUCUGUUUGAACCAUGAGUCUUAGUUUUUUUUGAUGGUGGUAGCUAUGGUGUCUUGAGUUUAAGUUCAUAAAGGUUUUAUUGUUAUGGUUUAAAGUGGACCCUCAUGACCUCUCAGAAUAAGGUGUAAUUGCCCUGAAAUUGCAUAUUAAUAUAUAUACAUACACACUUGUGGAUAUGGGGGUGUGUGUGUAUGCUUUCAUAUGGCAGGUUUUGGGACUUUUCAACAGAAAGAAAGAGAUGCUUUAUAGAAUCAAGUCCUUAAAAGCACACACAGACACACACACAGCACACUACCAGAAUUCAUUGAAUGUAGUAGGUGUUUGACUCUUUUUGUGUUUAGAGAUAUACAGUUACUGUUUAGUACAGUAAACCAGCCAGUUGUUCAUUAAUAGUGGUUUGUAUUUCUGGAGAUUGAAAUGACAACAGUGAUAAGAAGCUUGUUAAGACUAAGAAAUAUUUGAAAUGUUUAUGUGUUUAUUUGGUCUUUGGAGGUUAAAGGCAGUUAUAUAAACAUAUUUCUAUGUUAUUUCUGUUUUAACUUCAUCAUAGAGUUUUUUUUAACGAAGCAGAAUUCAGUGGAAAUAAAUGGGUUUUCAUCUUCA